AGCACCAUGAGCCCUGCAGCCUUUAAAUCCCCCCUGCAGCAAAGAAAGGACCAGAGCAUCACACCAGAGAGGAGACAGCAUCAGCAGCUUCACCUUUAAACUAACACAAAGACACUUCUCCCACCAGAACCCAUCUGAAGGAUGAAUCCCAUGAGGCACAGAGAGUCGGUGUGCAGGAGUCUGUUCGGCCCGGUGGACCGCGACCAGCUGCGCCGGGAUCUAACACUGAGGCUGGAGGACAUGGCCGAGCAGGACAGCCGCCGAUGGAACUUUGACUUCCAGACGGAGACGCCGCUGUCCGGCCGCUUCCAGUGGGAGCAAAUCCCCGCAGACUGCGCUGCUGCCGCCUAUCAUGAGAAGGAUGUCUGUUCUUCACACACCGAGGAGGAGGACAGGCUGAGAGACAGCGGAGAGACAGAGAGCGCAGGGACCGACCAGGAGAACUGCUCCAGCAUCUCCAACACGCACAAGUGUCCCGCAGAAGUGACGCCCGGCCGGAGGAAGAGGACGCACGCAAAGUCUGCAGCCAAGAACAGCAGAGGAAACGCACGAAUUACAGAUUUUUUCGCAAAGAGAAGGAGGUCAACAGAAACCAAGAGCAUCCUGAGUCCUUUCCACACAAGUACCAGUGAAGCAGCUCUGUGCAAAACAAUAAGGUGAACAUCCUGAGGAAAAUGGACUAUUUAUAUUAUUAGUUGGACCAAGGCAUAUUCACUGCACCAAAGAUUGUAUUUUAUCUUAUGUUAUUUUAUUUUAUUUUAUUCUAUUUUAUUUGUGAACCCGGGGGUUAAAUUAUACCACUUUAUGUUAUUUAUUCUAUUUAUUGACUUUUAUUUAAUGUCUUAUUUCAUUGGUAAUUUCACAAAUAUGUUUGUUUAUAUAUGUGUUUUUCCUCAUUUUCAUCUUGUUUUGUGAGUGAAAACAUUUAAAUAACUGAAUGACCUUUUGUUUCUGUAUUUCUUUGUCAAUCUUUGUUGGUGGAUUUCUGUAAAAAUGAGCUGCUUCUGUUAACUGAAGAAAAAGCACUGUUCUGUUUUGUCCUUGUCUUGUUUGCCUAAAUUAACUGUGAUUGUAAAAUGCCUGCAAAUAUUGCAAUUUGAAUAAACUGCUUUAUCAGUGA